AUGGCUACCGACUACAGUUCAUUGAAGGUCCCCGAACUCAAGAAGCUGCUCCAGGAGAGAGGUCUUCCCGCCACGGGCAACAAGCUGGACCUUGUCAACCGCCUCAAGGAGAACGAUAAGCAGGCCGCGCCUGCUACCGCAGAGGAGGACGAGAUUGACUAUAGCGACGACGAGCCCGCGCCCGCCAAGGCCGCGGAAGCACCCAAGCCCGCCGCCGCCGCCGAGGCCGCUCCUGUUGCCGAUGAGUCUGCGCCUGCGUCUGCCGCGGCUGAGCCCACAGCCCCCGCCACCGAAGCCGCACCCGAGGCUGCGCCGGAGGCUGAGACAGCCGGCGAGGACAAGAAGCCCGAGGAGGCCGCAGAGACUGCCGAUGAGGCGCCAAAGGAGAAUUUCGCCCUCAACCUCGACGCGACCGACGCCGCAGCAGAAGCUAAGAAGCGCGCUGACCGCGCCAAGCGUUUUGGUAUCGACGAGGACGAGGAGGCCAAGAAGAAGGCCGAGCGCGCAAAGAAGUUCGGCAUCGAGGUCGGCAGCGUUGCUGGUCUCGACUCUGCCCUUCCCGAGAGACGCCCUAAGCGCGGCCGUCCCGAACGCGCCGACGAGCAGCCUGGACGCGACUCCAAGCGACAGAGCACCGAUGGCCGUGGACGCCGCGGUAGAGGCAACAGGAACGGACGUCCUGGUGGGCGUCAAGGCGGCGGCGGCGGCGGCGGUGGCGGCGGCGAUCGCGAACCUAGACGCAGCGCUGCCGUCGACCCUGCCGAAAAGGCGAGACUGGAGGCCAGAGCAAAGCGAUUUGCCGCCUAG